AUGAAUUCCGCCUUUGGAAGUGAACUUGAUUGCAGCCUAUUUUCGUCUGGAGGCGGUGGAUUCCCGUUCGGGCGCCAGAGCAAUGCGGUUCCGAGGGCAAAUCUCCAAGGGGCGGAGGCAGAACCGCGGGUAAGAGGCGUCCGCGCAGACUUCGGGUUUGCCCUCCCCGGAGCCAGGACUCGGCCGCAGCUCUGGGCCUCCCUGGAUCCGAACAGAGACUGGCUGCCCGUCUGCCACUCGCGGGCUGGGAGAACGCCAGCCGGUGCCUUGCCGGGAAAGUUCUCGGCAAAGCUGGGGAUGAGCCCUCAGCAGGGGAAGCUCCCGGUGGAGCGCGCCCCCAUCCAGUGCCCGCGCGCAAGAACCCGGAAUGGGCCCCACCUGGACCGGGACUCAGGCGUGCGAGCCCGAGAGCUCCCUGGGGACCAGGCAUCGGGUGGGGACCCUGGACGAGGGGGUGAGCUGACUCGGUUUUUAAAAACUCGCUUCCUCCUUCCCUACUUCUGCCCAUCACUCACCUCGCUGGGCACCAGCCCAGGGCAGAAGUGGGAGAAGGAGGCGGUGGCCUCCCCAGGAAGGAGGAGAGCAAAUUUCACAAACUCCAUCUAAAAAAAAAAAAAAUCAUCUGUCAAAGAAGAGCCUUUCAACUUCCAGUUCUGUUUAUGUAAGAACACCCUUUCUUCAACCUGGAAUCUUGGACAUUUUGCCACAUGCUGAAUAUUUCUACGACUUUCUUUUUGUGUCUAUCACCUUGAUGUGAGUUGUCACCUUAACUAGGUAAGACGGUUGUGGUCUGCUGAGUAGAACAAGCUACUUUUUCAAGAAACUAGCUGAAAGGUUUCAUAACACCUGGUCUUCAGUGGGUCAAGGCAGUGCUCCGGGGCCAGGCCAUCUGAUAAAGGGAGUGGUAACUUUGAAGUGUGGCUUAUAAAGAAGCUGUUAUUUCCACAGCAAGGGAAAGCGGCAGUAAAGAAAACAGGGUUUUGCAGUUCCACUGGAAGGAGGAUGGGGAAGGUCAGAAAUCAGGGCGGGACCUUCGAGAGCAGCUGUCAGCACUGGGCAAAGGCUGAGACAGGUGAGCAGUGGGGAUCUCUGAACGACAUGCAGGGUUCUGUGCCUAAGACACACUUUUGUAGUCUUCAUUGAUAGAAUCCCAUCAUUUUCCUUUUUCUUUUUCAGAUGGAUUUCACUCUCUUGUCCCAGCUGGAGUACAGUGGCUUGA